AUGGAGGGCCGCCCAGGGGGGCGACCGGAAUCGCGGCCACGGCGGGUGCAGCAGGCAGGGAGCGGCCGGUGGCGAGCUGACACGCAGGUACGGGCGGCGGCGGGGUACGAGUACGUGUCGAGCAACGGAGUCAUAUUUCUCGGGGCAAUGCCUUCGGCACCUUCCCACUCUCUCUUCCCCUGCCCGCAUGCGCCUCCGUCUCCGGCCGACCGGCCGGCUCUCCUCCAUCGCAACAUUUCAAGGGGGCCGGGCGAAAGCACCAAAAAUCCCAGCGCAGAUCACUCGACCGCCGCCUGCUCCAUUUGGACCCUCCCAACCGACAGCGUAAGGCUCUCUGCAACAGAGCCGGGGUUCCGGUUCGACCCGACGGACGAGGAGCUGGUCGUCCACUACCUCAAGAAGAAGGCCGCCAUCAUCGCCUUUACAAGUUCGAUCCGUGGGAGCUACCUUUGUGCAUGCCUUGAGGCAACCUUCGGUGAGCAGGAAUGGUACUCCAGCCCGAGGGACCACAAGUACUGAAGUAUCCUAAUGGAGCGCGGUCGAACAGGGCGCAACGUCUGGCAACCGCGAGAAGGUCGGCGUCAAGAAGGCCCUCGUGUAAUACCGCGGGAAGCCGUCAAAGGGCCUCAAGACCAACUGGAUCAUGCACGAGUACCGUCUCGCGGAUGCGGCGAGCUCAACCUCCAGUCGGCCGCCGCCUUGCAACGUCGUCUCGGAAGCAAGACCACAUCUCUCCACAUCUCUCAGGGCUAGUUGGGAGCCACAAAAAACCCAAUCUAGCUUGAGAUUGCAUUGCGUUGGUCAAUAGAAUGUCAGGAGCCCAGUCGUCAGCGUCCGGCUUUACCACCUCGUUAGCCGGAGGUGGCCGUGGUGAGCUUAUAAGUGAGAUUUCCUCUUC